AUGCUGGAGGCCAUUCCGGCCUCCCUCCGCCCACAGUUCGACGAGACGAGCUCAAAGGUCGAGAACAUUAGUCUAACGCAGACAGGCAUGGACUUGAAGAUAGAUGCCCCUAAUUCCAGGAUGGCUGCCAUCAACGACCGCCUGGACCGCACCGGCAGGGCGAUCGCCGACUUGACAGACAUGUGGGCUUUUCUGAAGGCCUUCAAGGGCCACAAGUUCAUACAGCAAGGCGAGAUGCUGUUUCACCUGAUCGACAACACUGUGAGCGAGCACGUCCUGGGACGUCGUAUUUCGGCCGCCCGCAGCGUGCUGAUUGCGGAACUGAAGAAGAAAAACAUCCUCGGCGAGCAGCCUGCGAGGGGGGACCUGCUCAACGCGGUCUCGAUUGAGGCUGGCUUACCUGCGCUAGACAUCCGCUUCGCUGAGUUCCCGCGGGACAUCGGUUACAGUGCCCGCUGGUGGGUGGGCCCAAAGGAAGCCCAGGGGCAG